CAGCUGGGCCCCACUUAUGAUUCCCUCUUGCAAGCAUGAAGCCCACUAGCCCAGCGGCUACUACCUCGCGCUGGCCACUCCUCCCUUCUUGCCUUCACGGGCGUUGCUCGGCGUGUCCGUACACCGGCGGCGACAGGCGGCGUCCUCUGAACAAGGCAACAUGAUUCCCGAGGAGAGGAUGCUACCAGCAAGCAUGGAAAUACUUACCACUGUUGGGCAGAUCAUUCCAACACCAACGUAAGUUGCGGAAAAAUUAAAGUAGAAGCUGCAAGGAUAUAAAACAAUCUCAUGAUUAAUUAGAUUUUUCAUGCAGAUAUAAUUGCUAGUUUUCUGGUAACAUCAAAUUCGAUUUUACCCCCCCCCCCCUCAUAUAUUUUUUUAAUUGUUUACCUAUCCCUUACCCUCUGUGGUAUGCUUUGAGUCCAAAUGUUGGGAUCGAAGCAAGUCCACAGUUAGGUCCACCUGUGUAGAACCAUUGAAAAAUGUUCCAGCACAGACUUCCUGCGAAGGAUUGAAGCAUGACAGACACUUGCCUCCUGGACUCAAAAAGUGCUGAAAUCUUUGAUCUCCAUUGCUUCUCUUGGACUCAUUGAGAGCAAGAACGAUCCAAAACCACCUGAUAACAUGCUAGCAUAGAGGUGAGCCAUGAUCACACCCAAUUAUUUUAGUUAAUGAUGACUGCAUUGAUGGAGAAAUUGUUACAAGCUGCCAUCUAGAUUUUCAUAUGCAUUUAUAUACUCACCACUGGACACCAUGCUGGCACACGCAACCACACAUGUCUGGAUGAUGGUGUUCUCCUGGCGGGUGAAUGGCUCAUGGAACACAUCGAAUCUCCAUAAUAUGUGCGUCCAUAUCUUAAGGAGAAAUAGACUUAGCAUGGCUGCUGGGAUGUUGAGAGAUGGCACCACCCCAGUCAUGAAGACAAGAUUCAUGCCCACACUACUUAAGAUGGUGCCAAGUAAUAUGCUUGCCACCACUGAUCGCACGGUGAUCUGCUCGGUCCAUGCUCGAACCGGCUCUCCUUCAAAUGCGCGCUCUGUUGAUGGGCCCUCCCUUGGAUCACCAACUGGCUCCAUGCUUUAUCCCUUUCCUCUCUCCAACAAAUUGCAUAUGACAACUUGUCAGAGAGAGUUGAGGGCUGCGUGUAAGGGUGGAAGAUUGUCCUCAGACGCCGAUUGUUCAAGCUGAUCUUCAGAAUUUUGAUUGGCUAAAAAGGUUUGGCUCUUUAUAGAGAAAACAAGGUCGCAGGUUGGGUUGUUGCAGCUGGUGGCAUUGAGGGACAAUUCUAACCAUACAAUGUUGUGGAAAUUAGAAGGUAAUUAACGGACACGGCAGGGUGGCUAUAGGAGAUAUUUCAAUUUAAUCGUGCCUCACAUGCUCCACUCUAUUUCCUUGCUAUUUUUAGUAGUGAUCCAUUCAUUCUUGUCAUUUUCUUUGCAUGGUUAGUUUGUUGCGCUUUGUUUUGUCACGUGAUGCUAAUAAUAAUCUUGUUUUGAUGUGUGUUACAGAUAAGUCCCUCGAAGAAACAAAACACAACUGUGAUAAAAGGCAAGCUAAAGAUAGUUUCAAGGCAGCAAAUGUGGUUACCCUAUACUUAGAAGGAACAGUGCUCCUUAAUUAACUACCAUGCUCCCUAUAAAAGCCUUCUCUCCCCUUCUCUCCCAUUGCAUCCAGCAUUUGAUUAUGUGUGUAUGUCUUGGUUAAAACCAAGACAUACACACAGAAUCGAACAAAUAGUUAAAGCUUAUUGUUCCAUCAAAUGCAACUAAUCGGUCCCCCACAAUGGAGCAUGUCAAUGAUCCCCAGGAAGGUAUCUCAACAGAACGCGCCUUUGAGGCAGAUCCUAUCCCAUCGCUGUCGGAGACCAUCACCCUACGGUCAUUGGUGCUUAGCCUCAUCCUUGGUGCAUCCCUCAGCGCCGUCGCCAUGAAGAUCAGCCUAAACUCAGGCUUCCUCCCACCGCUCACCAUUCCGGCCGGCCUCAUUGGUUUUUACCUCUCCCGUGCAUUGAUCCGUGUUCUUGAUUAUUUUGAGGUGGCACACCUGCCAUUCACCCGCCAGGAGAACACCGUCAUACAAACCUGUGUCGCCGCCUGCUCCGCCAUUACAUUUAGUGGUGGGUUUGGAACGUACAUCCUCGCGAUGGGCAAGGAAGCAGCUGGAGGGGAUAUCGGGGAUGGGAAGAAUAUUGUCGAGCCAAGCAUUGGCCGGUUGAUCACUUUCCUCUUCCUCGUCAGUUUCUCUGGAAUGUUCAUCCUCAUGCCCUUGAGGAAGGUCAUGAUCAUUCGUCACGGGUUGACAUACCCUAGUGGCAUGGCCACGGCACAACUUAUCAAUAGCUUCCAUACCCCUCAAGGCGCCAACAACGCAAGGCACCAAGUGCACAUUCUGUUCAGAUCAUUGGGGGGAACCAUAUUCUGGAACGCAUUCCAGUGGUUUUUCACUGCUGCAAAGGGCUGCGGCUUCAGAGCCUUCCCCGUGUUUGGCCUUGAGGCAUAUAAGCAUGGAUUCUACUUCGACUUCUGCAUGACCAAUAUCGCAAUCGGCAUGCUAUGCCCAUACAUAAUCACUGUCUCCUUGUUCAUCGGGAGUGUUAUCUCAUGGGGGAUCGUUUCGCCAUACAUUGCAGCAAAGGAGGGUAUCUGGUACACUACUGAACUUAGCACGGCAACCCUCGGCAACAUGAGGGGCUAUAAGGUCUUCAUUGGAGUGUCCAUGAUACUCGCCGAUGGCCUCUUCAACUUCCUGUCCAUCAUGCUCUGCACAUUGUGCGCCAUGUACAAGAGGCGCAGGCAGCCAAUGCAAGGACAAGAUGGCAGUGAUGGUGAUAGUGACAUGCAGUUGCCGUUCCACAGCCUCAAUGCUGCUGAGCAGCAGAAGACGAUGCAGAGCUUCGACGACCGGCGCAGGGCGCAGGUGUUUGUCCGGGACCAUAUACCAAACGGGGUCAGCAUUCUCUGCUACAUCCUCCUGUCAGCGCUCUGCGUCGUCGCCAUCCCCUACCUCUACCCGCAGAUAAGGCCCCACCAUGUCGCCCUCAUCUACCUGGCUGCUCCGGUCUUCGCCUUCUGCGACGCCUAUGGCUUUGGCGUGACCGACAUGAACCUGUCGAGUACCUACGGCAAGCUGGCUAUGCUCCUCGUUGGCUCGGUGGUGGGCUGUGACAAUGGCGGUGUGAUCGCUGGCCUCGUCUCUUGCGGGAUCGUGAUGGCAACCAUGUGUAACAGCAACAACCUGAUGCAGGAACUCAAGACAGGGUAUCUAACCCUGACCUCGCCGCGCGCUGUGUUCAUCAGCCAGGCGAUCGGCACUGGGCUCGGGUGCGUCAUCAACCCGGUCAUGUUCUGGGCCUUCUACAAGGCGCAGGACGGCGACACCAACCUCUUCGACGCGCCCUACGCCCGGGUGUACCGCGGCAUCGCCAUGCUGAGCGCCGGCGGGAAGGGGCUGCCCCUGCACAGCCUGUGGCUCUGCAAGCUCUUCUUUGCGCUGGCGCUGGCGCUGAGCGUGUUCCGGGAUGUGGCCUCACGGAAGCAGUGGCGCGUGGCGCCAUACAUGCCGAGCACCAUCUGCGUGGCUAUCGCCUUCGUGGUGCCGGCACGCAUGCCCAUCGACAUGUUCCUGGGCAGCCUGGUGAUGUACCUGUGGAGGCGCGCCGACUCCGGCAAGGCGCUGACGUUCUCGGCGGCGGUGGCGUCGGGGCUGAUCUGCGGGGAUGGGCUCGGGAACCUGCUGUCGUCGAUGGUGGCGCUGACGCACGCAACGGCGCCCAUGUGCAUCAAGUUCGUGUCGAGCAGCGAAAACGUCAAGCUGGACGCCUUCCUGGCUACACUGACUAGGACAUGACAUAGCUUCUUCUUGUUGGGAUCUUUGUAAAUUUUCCGUAGGGGGCGUAGUUUGCCGUGUUGUAUCCACUUGUAAUUGAGUUAAUUUCAGUCUGAAUUUACAAGUGAAUACAAUUUUAAAUCUCUGUGUC